ACGGUGACCGGCGUGAGCCGCCAGUCGUCCGGGGAGGACGAGACUCUGGAAGAGGGCGUUGUGAUCAAUGCCAGCAAGGAGAAGUACGAGGGGCUGACCAGCACCCCCGGGGGGCCCAACUCCAGGUUCCCCGCGAAUGUCCAGGAGCCGGACAUCAGGCUCACCUCGAGCCUGCAGCCGUCCAGCUCCAAGGCAGCCCCCGACGGCUCCCCGCACACCCAGAGCACCGAGGGCACCAGCCACCCGUGGACCACGGCCGGCGCCACCCCCCGCCGCAGGCCGGGGCUGGCGAGCUCGCCCACCGCCAUGCCCCCGCCCGAGGACCUGCACCUGGUGCUCAUGCCCUGGGGCCCCUGGCACUGCCACUGCAAGUCGGGCACCAUGAGCCGGACGCGCGCCGGGAAGCUGCAGGGCCUGUCGGGGCGCCUGCGCGUGGGCGCCCUGAGCCAGCUGCGCACCGAGCACCGGCCCUGCACCUACCAGCAGUGCCCGUGCAACCGCCACCUGGAGGAGUGCCCGCUGGACAACGGGCCCUGCUCCGAGGCCAGCUGUACCACCUCCACGCCCCAGACCACCAGCACCAGCUUGCCGCCCAUCAGCACCAGGCCCAUGCCCCUGCCCAUGGAGCCCGCGGACCACUACCCGGCCCUCGACUUCUGGAGACGGGUCAGGAUCGGGCUGGAGGACAUUUGGAACAGCCUCUCCUCCGUGUUCACAGAGAUGCAGCCAAUAGACAGAAACCAGAGGUGACGCCCACUCCAUCCGCAAGAAAAGGUGUCAGCACCUCGGCCUCGCCACCCCCCGUUCCCAGCACC